GAUUUGGCCGGUCCAAGGUUCCAUCAAAUCCUCAUUUCAGCAAAACAAUAUGCUGAUGCAUAUGCUGGAAUACAUCGGUUUUAAGAAAAAGCUCGGCGAUGUGUUGUGUUGCCAGUGUCCUGAAAACAACAAGGCCACUGUCCGGUGUCUUGAGUGUGAGAGAUACCUAUGUGAGACCUGCGACAAAUGACACGCAAGGUUUCAACAGCAACACAAGCCAGUUUCUUUAACAGAAUUAGUUGACACACCACGAAAGUUUCUAAAAACAAACAGCAUGUGUCCAGUUCAUGGUGACAAGAAUAUUGACGUAUACUGCAAGAGUAAGGCGUGUGAGAAAGGAAUGUGCACUACUUGUGCCCUCGUGUCUCACAAAGAACACGAUAUUUGUGACCUUGGAGAAUUCUGUGAUGCAAGCAAAAAACAAAUCAAUUCCUCAUUAGAAGCUCUGAAGAAAGUAUCAGAAUCACAUACAGAAUACAAGAGCAAGCUUCAAGAGCAGAAUACUAAGCUAGAUAAAAUGCACGAGGUGCUGAUGCAGGGCAUUGAUGAACAUUCCAGUAAACUUGUAGUAAAGGUUAAACAAAGUUCAACGAAACUGAAAAGUUUGGUUGAGGACAAUGUAGCAAAGCAAAAGGCCAAGAGAGAAGAACAAAUCGCGCUGGUUGAUAAGUCAGAAGAGCUCAAAGCAGAGCACGUCUUGUAUUGUCAGCAGGCGCUGUCAUUUGCCCGAGACGUGGAAUUUAUUGAGAUGGCCAAAUCAUUGGAGAACAAAGGUAAAUCACUCAUGGAAGACUUAAAAGUGCUUGACUUGCAGGUGCACGAUGUCUUGCUGGAUACAGACGCUUAUGAGAAUCUAGAGAAGAGCAUUGGACAGAUCUCCAUACACGAAGCUGAUUCCUGGAAGCCGUCAUAUGGAUACCCCAGUAUCCAAUUAACCCAGUCCGCAGUUGCAACACCAAUGAGUUUACAUGCCUCAAGAUUCAGAUCCUUAUAAAGCACAACUAGGAGUGACUAAUCCGCAUACUGUGUGUUCAGAGAGGAGAUCAGCAUCUAGUCCAAGAACCCCUGCCAACCAGUAUCAACAAGGACCACCGAUAUUUGCACAAAGGUCUACAACACAGCAAGAAGAUAAUUGUUAUGAUGAGGUGGAUGAUUUCACUGAUCCCUGGAAGCCGUCAUAUGGAUAUCCAAGUCUGCCGUAUACGUCGAUAGACGUUGAUGAUGAAGUGAUUAGUCUGAAUGCUUUGCGUUCAGAGAUGAAACCAGCAUCUAGUACUGUGAUGUCUCAGAGGAAGAAACCUAGUGGAAGAACCCCUGCCAACCAGUAUCCACAAGGACGACUGAAACCUCGGUCUGCCAGACAGCGGAGAUCUAAUUAUAUUGAUGAUGAUAAUUGAGAUUUUGGAUGGUAAUCAUCAUUAUAAUGAUUAUGAUGGAAAUCUUCAUUAUAAUGAUUAUGAUGGUGAUGAUGGAAAGCGUCAUUAUAAUGAUUAUGAUGGUGAUGAUGGAAAUCGUCAUUAUAAUGAUUAUGAUUGUGGUGAUGGAAAUCGUCAGCAUAAUGAAUAUGAUGGCAAUGGUGGAAUUAUGCUGGUAAUGAUGGAAAUCGUCAGGAUAUUGAUUAUGAUGGCGAUGGUGGAAAUCAUCAAUAUAAUGAUUAUGAUGGCGAUUGUGGAAAUCGUCAGUAUAAGGAUUAUGAUGGUGAUGAUGGAAAGCGUUAUGAUGGUGAUGAUGGAAAUCGUCAUUAUAAUGAUUAUGAUGGUGAUGGUAGAAAUCGUCCUUAUAAUGAUUAUGAUGGUGAUGAUGGAAAUCGUCAUUAUAAUGACUAUAAUGGUGAUGAUGGAAGUCGUCAUUAUAAUGAUUAUGCUGGUGAUGAUGGAACUCGUCAUUGUAAUGAUUAUACUAGUGAUGAUGGAAAUCGUCAUUAUAAUGAUUAUGAUGGCGAUUGUGGAAAUCGUCAGUAUAAUGAUUAUGCUGGUAAUGAUAGAAAUCGUCAGUAUAAUGAUUAUGAUGGCAAUGGUGGAAUUAUGCUGGUAAUGAUGGAAAUCGUCAGGAUAUUGAUUAUGAUGGCGAUGGUGGAAAUCAUCAGUAUAAUGAUUAUGAUGGCGAUUGUGAAAAUCGUAAGUAUAAGGAUUAUGAUGGUGAUGAUGGAAAGCGUUAUGAUGGUUAUGAUGGAAAUCGCCAUUAUAAUGAUUAAGAUGGUGAUGAUGGAAAUCGUCAUAAUAAUGAUUAUGGUGGUGAUGGUAGAAAUCGUCCUUAUAAUGAUUAUGAUGGUGAUGAUGGAAGUCGUCAUUAUAAUGAUUAUGAUGGUGAUGAUGGAAACCGUCAUUAUUAUGAUGGUGAUGAUGGAAAUCGUCAUUGUAAUGAUUAUACAUCAUACGAACUACACCACUAUUCAAGAGAACAUCAUACGAACUACACCACUAUUCAAGAGAACAAAAUACGAACUACAUCACUAUUCAAGAGAACAUCGUACGAACUACAUCACUUUUGAAGAGAACAUCGUACGAACUACACCACUAUUCAAGAGAACAUCGUAUGAACUACAUCACUAUUCAAGAGAACAUCGUACGAACUAUAUCACUAUUCAAGAGAACAUCGUACGAACUACAUCAGAGAACAUCGUACGAAGUACACCACUAUUCAAGAGAAUAUCGUACGAACUACAACACUAUUCAAGAGAACAUCGUACGAACUACACCACUAUUCAAGAGAACAUCGUACGAACUACAUCAGAGAACAUCGUACGAACUACACCACUAUUCAAGAGAACAUCAUACGAACUACAUCACUAUUCAAGAGAACAUCGUACGAACUACACCACUAUUCAGGAGAACAUCGUACGAACUACAACACUAUUCAAGAGAACAUCGUACGAACUACACCACUAUUCAAGAGAAAAUCGUACGAACUACAUCACUAUUCAAGAGAACAUCGUACGAACUACAACACUAUUCAAGAGAACAUCGUACGAACUACAACACUAUUCAAGAGAACAUCGUACGAACUACACCACUAUUCAAGAGAAAAUCGUACGAACUACAUCACUAUUCAAGAGAACAUCGUACGAACUACAUCACUAUUCAAGAGAACAUCGUACGAACUACAUCACUAUUCAAGAGAAAACCGUACGAACUACAUCACUAUUCAAGAGAACAUCGUACGAACUACACCACUAUUACAGAGAACAUCAUACGAACUACAUCACUAUUUAAGAGAGGUAACUCUUGGUCGUUUUACGUUUACUCAAAACGCUAUUUUAAUCCAGGAUUUUGAUCAACAGUUAUAAAAUUUAAAUAGUCUUUAUUAGAAAUGAAAACAUACGUAAUGUCUUCUGAUAUUUGCCUACAACUUGGCAAAACAUUUUUGGUCUGGUUUUAACUUUAUUUCAUUGUAAUGUUGACCUAUAAUCGGCCCGGUGUGUGGGUGUUGGCAGGCGACUAUGACCCCCGCCCACCCCCACCCCCCACACACACGAGGAAAAAAUGUACGGGUUUAUUUUUUCCUACUCUAUAUCAACAUAGGUAAAAAUGUCUUGUGCAUCCCCUACUAUGGAGGCUGUGAUCCCCCAACUAGAGGUUAUGUCCCUUACUCCAGAUAUAAUUCCUACGGGCCUAUAUAAAAAUUUACAAUAUAUGAUCCAGUUAUGUUUGGUACAUUUAAGGUCAUAUACUCUGCAUUGGGUUCACUGCGCUUGCUAAUAUCGAUCAAAUACAAAGUUUAACGCAUUCUUAAGUUGUUAUUAAAAUCGCAGGCGUACCCAACAAGUUGUUUUACGAAGACACUGUACCUCUCAUGUGAUAUUGAACAAAUUUACUGCAGUCAUUGAUUGAGUAGUCCGUCCCAGCCAGUGCACUACGACUGGUAUAUCAAAGGCCGUGAUAUGUGUGCUGUUCUAUCUGAGGGAAAGUGCAUAUAAAAGAUACUUUGCUGCUAAUGGGGUUUCUUCUAAGACUACCAGUCAAAAACUGCCAAAUGGGUCAACCGAAAUCCAGGUAACAGACUAAUUAGCGCAUUGUUCGACGGACCCCCAAACACAACACGGACAUGAUACACCGAACAUGAACAUAUCAUCAGACAUUGUCAGUAAAGGUCGCGACUAUCACAACUGAUUGGUAUGGUCGAGACAGGCGACAUUCUUUCAACGUGUUUGAUCAUUCAUUUUCCUUUCAACUUAUUUUUGUGCUUAUAUCCAAUUAAGGUUCAAGCACGCUGUCUUGGGCACAUACCUCAGUUAGUGGUUAGUGAGAUAAAAGAGGGUGUAGUGGUCUUACG